AUGAGUGAUGACGUGAUUUGGCAGCUAAUCAAGAACGGAUUUUGUUCCUUUCGGAAAACAACUGAUAAUAAAGCAUUCUGUACUAAUGUAUACAACGUUACUGGCCUAUGUAACCACGCUAGCUGCCCGCUAGCAAACAGUAACUACGCAACUGUGAUUGAAGAUCAAGGUGACUUGUUGCUUUGUUUGAAAACAGUUGAAAGGUGUCAUACUCCAAGAGAUCAAUGGCAGAAAAUUCGUCUUUCCAAGUCCAAAACUGAAGCUUUGGAACAGAUAGUUCACGAAACUAAGGUUGGUUUCCCAAACCACCUGACUACCAAGUGUAAAUUGAGGUUUAACAGACUCCGUGAGGUCCUGAGUAAUAUGAGAACCAUAGCACUAAAUAAAAAGACAAAGUUACUUCCAGUUAAGAAAAAAACUGAACGACGUGAAUCAGUUCGUGAGAAGAAGGCUGAAAUCGCAGCUAAACUUGACAAGAGUAUUGAGCAGGAACUUCUGAACAGACUAAAUCAGGGCAUAUACGGUGAGCUCUACAACUUUGAGAAGGAUAAAGUUCCUGAAAAGGAAGAGGAGUUGGAGCCUGAUGUGUUGGAUGAAACUAAAGUUGAGCCAUUAGUUAAGAGGAAGAGAAAAGGACGUAAAGUGAGCAUUGAGUAUGAAAAGGAAGAGGAAUUCUAUCCUUUAGAUCGAACUCACAAGAUAAGUUGGGAUUGGUAA